AUGCUGGUGCUAGGCUACCUGCUUUUCUCACUCAAAGACGAUGCUCUCAAGCACAUUCCAUACUCUGGCGAAGGGAGCAAGAAAAGGAGGCUAAAGCAGUACAAGUUUCACGCAAAGAGGCUUUACAGUGAGGGUUACCGAAAGUUCGAGUCACUUUAUCGCGUGCUAUCACCCGAAGGCAACUGCUAUGCUGCCGCACCUGAGGAUGUGCUCAGCCCGCACGCCCCCUUCGAAGAGUUUGUCGAGGCAUCCAUUACAGAAAUAAACGUUACCUCUCAAGCUCUCAUUCAUUCCGUCAAACAAGACUUGACGCCAUCUUUAGGCAAAGCGACGCCUGAAUUGAGUGUUGUUGCUCGCGAAGCCGUGCUGUCUGAGCUACCUUCUUGUCCAGACUGGUCCGAAGUCGACAUCCACCAUGCCUUGGUCCGCAUCGUGACCAUCGUCUCAGGUUGGAUGUUUGUCGGGCCAGAGUAUUGCCGCACCGAGGAGUAUAUGGACCUAGCAGCAAAUUAUGCUGCAGACGCUUUCGGAGGCCCAAAGCUGCUCCAAAUAUUCCCAAAACGGUCUCGAGCCUUUGUCGCCCCGCUACUACCGCCUCUCCGGCGAGUAUGGAAGGCCCAUCGGCGUAUCACUACUCUGCUUGGUCCGGCCAUCCAAGCUCGCAGGGACGCUGCUCUUGCUGGUCACGAAGUGCCUGAUGACAUGUUACAGUGGAUCAUCAAGAAUGCCCACAGAUUCCCAGCCGAGAUUAAAGCGGAUGGCGACAUUGCUCGUCUGCAGCUAUCAUUGAGUGCCGUUGCCAUUCACACAACGGCCUUGACUGCUACUGCGACACUGUAUGAUCUUGCCGCAGAACCCGAGAUACUCAGUGAUGUGCGACGCGAGAUUUCAGAUGUCCUGCGUAAACAUGAUGGCAAAAUCACGUCUAAGACACUUUUCGACAUGAAACUGCUCGAUGCUGUCUGCAAAGAGUCUCAACGCCUCAACCCAGCUGAUUUGCUUUCUGCCAGGCGCAGGGUCAUGAAGCCCUUUAAGUUCUCGGACGGGGUCUCUGUGCCCCCCGGGACGAUGCUUGCCGUGCCCGUCCACCACAUUGGCCGCGAUCGGAAUUUGUUUCCUGACAAUCCCGAUAAGUUUGACCCGUACCGGUUCACUAAGCUACGGCAGAACGACGGGGAAGGCAAUCACUUCCAGUUCGCAUCGGUGACUAACGGAACCAUGGCGUUUGGCUGGGGAAAGCAUGCAUGCCCAGGGCGCUUUUUUGCAUCGAGUGAGAUAAAGCUGAUAUUGAUCCAUCUUUUAUCCUUUUACGACAUCGAGGUUACUGCAGGCCCUGAUGGACUCAAAAAGAGAUAUUCCAAUUUUGAACUUGGCAAUAUGAAUAUGCCUGACGUGACUCGAAAGCUUCUGUUCAGAAAGAUUGCCGACUGA